CUAGUGAUGGGGACAGAUCGAUUGAGCGAUAAAACACUGGUCUACGGAGGGGUGCGUUACACAGUUAAUAGACAAUGAUCUAUGUCACCACUUAAUACAAUGUCUGGCGGAGAGGAUAUUUUUAUUUCCCGGAAUUGUGCUCAUUUCUUUCCCAUUCUGUUCGUUAUUCUGCAUAUCAUUUUCAGAGUUGAAGCCUGGCAUCUUUUUAUGAACACAGAGUAUCACUGCUGGCCAAAAAACGCAGACGCCUCGAACCCAACGCCAUUCAACCCUUGUAAAGGUGUGCAGAUAAAAUGGAUCAAAGAGCCCCCUGAUAUAAUUAAGUAUGGCCUUGAGUUCAAUGCCACGGCCGAGCUGAUCCUGACCCCAGAGUUUUAUUCCUGGGGGUACCUGCAGGACAUCUUCAUCGGCAUUAACGGCUCUGCUGGGGCAACGAGCGGGGCUGGUGCCCAGCGAUGGUGUGAGACCACGGUGUGUCCCGACAAGGCCUCGGCCCUGGAGGAGAACUGCUGUAUACACCACUUCAACAUGCACAGCUGUCCGGCCAACAGGGGCGAGAUGAGCAACAACCUAUGUGGGCCGUGGAUCCCCGCCAGUGGCGACAUCUACACACACUCCCAGGCCUCGGUGGGGCCCCCAACCCAGGGGAACUGGACCAGUCACGUUCAUGGGCUCUUUGUUCCGGGGGAGAAUUCCGUCAUAGCGCAUUUUAAAAUUGCUGGGAUGCAUCUAGCGUUGAUAAAAAAGGUCACGGUGCUAUCGAAAUCAGUGUGUGGUGACGGGUCUUGCUAUGGAGAGGAGACGUGCUCCACCUGCCCCUAUGACUGUGGCUCCUGUCCCCUGUCCCGUCUACAGAUCGGAAUCAUCGCCUCAAUCUCCACGGCAUUCGUUGUCGUCAUCUUAGGGUUUAUCAUCGUACUUCGUUACCAAAAAAGAAGAAUGCUAUUUGACGAAAGUUGGAUUAUUCCAUAUUCCAAGCUGGUCAUCAACAAUAACACCAUGGCGUUCAACAGCGUCAUCAGUCGGAUUUCCCUGAAAUAUGGGGAUGACGACAUUUCCAUCGCACAAAACGGAAUGCAGAUUUUUUCACAAACAGCCCGGUUAGAUGGACGAAUCGUUGCUGUCAAACGCAUCAAUAAAUACAACUUUGGACUGUCUAAAUCUCUUAGGAUAGAAGUUAAGGAAAUUAGAGAACUGAGGCACCCAAACCUGUGUCAGUUUGUGGGAGCGUGUACAGAGACCCCCAAUGUGUGUAUCCUGAUGGAGUAUUGUCCAAAGGGGGCGCUGGCAGACGUCCUCCUGAAUGACGACAUCCCACUCACGUGGUCCUUCCGGUUCUCAUUUGCCGCUGACAUCGCAAACGGAAUGGACUACCUCCACAGCCAUGGACUCGUCCACGCUCGACUGAACUCCAGUAAUUGCGUGGUGGACGAUCGAUGGUCGGUGAAAAUUACAGAUUACGGACUUCCAAUCCUGCGCAAAAACGAUUUUAAAUCAGAGGAAAUGACAUCAGAUUUUCAAAGCAGACGACGAGUUGUGUACAAUGCUCCAGAGGUUUGCGGUUCGUUUCCAGUGUUCACAAAGUCAUCUGAUGUCUACUCUUAUGGGAUUAUUUUGGUCGAAAUAGCUAACAGAAGCGAUCCAUACGGGGAUGAAGACCCAGCUUUUUUACCGCCUCAGUGGAAGCCGCCAUUACCGAAUCUAAAGAGGGACAACGAAGACGAAAACUGCCCCUCCCCCACGGCUCUCUGUGCUCUGAUUGACGAAUGUCUGGACUCCAGAUCACAAGAAAGACCAACGUUCGGCAACAUCAGAAAGAUUCUGUAUAAAAUCAACCCCAAUAAACAGAACCCUGUCGACCUGAUGAUGGCGAUGAUGGAGAAGUACUCGAAACACUUGGAACAGAUUGUGGCCGAGCGAACUAAUGAUUUAACGAUAGAAAAACAGAGGACGGAUCGAUUGCUAUACAGUAUGCUUCCCAAAGAGGUAGCAGACGUUCUGAGGCGGGGACGCCCGGUAGAGGCGCGGUACCUCGAUGACGUCACGAUCUAUUUCAGUGACAUCGUCGGAUUCACCACUCUCUGCUCCAACAGUAGUGCUAUGGAGGUUGUGAACCUCCUCAACAAACUAUAUAUCACUUUUGACGAAGUCAUUGAACUGUAUCAUGUCUACAAAGUGGAAACCAUUGGGGAUGCAUACAUGGUAGCCUCGGGUGUUCCCGAAGCUUACCCCACCCACGCAAUAGAAGUCGCCCGUAUGGCCAUCAGUCUAGUCAACAAGUGUAAAUCGUUUGUGAUUCCCCAUUUUCCGGAUCAAAAACUGAAGAUAAGAGUCGGCAUUCACUCGGGCCCUGUGUGUGCUGGAGUGGUCGGGUCCAAAAUGCCCCGGUACUGUUUGUUUGGAGACACCGUCAACACUGCCUCAAGGAUGGAGUCCAAUGGGGAAGCUUAUAAAAUUCACAUAAGUGCUGAUACUUACGACUUGCUACAAACGGGGACAUUUCAGUUCGAGGCGCGGGAUAAGAUUUCAGUCAAAGGUAAAGGAGAGAUGCAGACCUACUGGCUCCUUAAAGAAAGAGAAAGCCCGGCCGACAGCAAAGUAUAUAUUGAAUACAUCAACGAAACAUCGACACAAAAGGCCGGCAAUCUGCGCGCACAUUCUUUACGAAACGGAAGUGUAUCAAACGCAGUGUCUGUGGAUAGUCUGUUAAACGAAAUGAACAAUUACAUGUAACGUUUGGAAGUACAGGAUAUUUUCAUAAGAUUCCAUGAAAUGUUUCAAACCAGAAACAAAUCGCAAUAAAAAUUUUGCACACUUAUAAAACCAGGCACGUAGCAUCGUUUUUGAAAGUUG